AUGGCUUCUUCAAACAGAUCUCAAAAUCCGAGAGUUUCCAAAGAACUAAGCAUAGGAAACUACAUAAUCGGAGAGGAACUAGGUCAUGGUUCUUUUGCGACUGUAUAUAAAGGAUAUAAUAAGAAAACGCACAAAAAAGUUGCGAUCAAAUCUGUUCUGCGAUCAAAGUUAACUAAAAAGCUAUUGGAAAAUUUAGAAUCCGAAAUAAAUAUUCUUAAGAGUAUUCGACACGAUUAUAUUGUCCAAUUGGUUGAUUGUCAGAAAUCCGACACUCACAUACAUUUGAUAAUGGAGUAUUGUUCUUUGGGGGAUUUAUCAAAUUAUAUUAAACGACGUGGUUCAUCACUAUCAAAAAGUCCUUCAAGUGGAGGCUUAGAGGAACGCGUUGUUCGUCAUUUUUUAAAACAAUUAGCAAACGCGCUGGAAUUUCUCAGAUCUCGAAAUUUAAUACAUCGUGACAUCAAGCCUCAGAAUCUUUUGUUGUUGCCUCCUCCUUCAGACAAGGAUAAGGAGGCUUCCGUUGGUUCAUCAGACCUUCCAAUUUUAAAAAUCGCCGAUUUUGGGUUUGCUCGUUCAUUGCCAUCGACGAAUUUGGCAGAGACAUUGUGUGGAUCGCCACUUUAUAUGGCACCAGAAAUACUACGCUACGAGAAGUAUGAUGCUAAGGCGGACUUAUGGAGCGUUGGCGCAGUAUUAUACGAAAUGAGUGUCGGAAAACCUCCAUUCAGGGCACAAAAUCAUUUCGAGUUGCUUGGAAAGAUUGAAAAGCGUCGUGAUCGAAUUAAGUUUCCUGAUGAGUUGGUUUCUGAUUCAGAUAGUAUUCAGUCAGAUUCGGAUAAGAAUCCAAAUAAUAAAGGCGCUAUAAGCGAAGAACUUAAAGACUUAAUAAGACAUUUGUUGAAGCGUGAUCCAGUCGAGAGAAUGUCAUUUGAGGAAUUUUUCAUGCACCCAUGUGUUACUGGUGAAUUUCAAUCAAGGAAGUCUUACGGAAAUAUACCUGCAAAGGAAAAGCUAGUAAACGUCAAACCUAAUAAUCCCAAAAACUCUGCGGAAAAUGACAUUUCGAAACGUCAUGUUAGAGAUAGGUCUAUAUCAUCACCGGUGCCCGUCUCGUUUAAGGAAGAGGUUGGAACCAAUCAAACUGGGAGAGCUUUUCAUAAUUACACUAGAACUAAUAUUACUAGAAGGGACAUUGAUUCAUCUCCAAAAGGGAUAGCAAACGUGUUGGGUGGAGAUCACACGAAUCUACUACAAAGGAAAACAUCUCGAGAAAGUGUUAAACAUCACCAAAUCCUUCAGCGGACUACAAAGCAUCCUAAUAUUGUGACUGAAGUUUCGUCCAAUAACGUGACGGAUCUAGUCAAAAAGAACGAUAAUAAUAGUCUUCAAGUUCAUAAUGAUCUACAACCCUCCUAUGAGAAUCCUUCUCCUACUCCCUCUUUGUUGGUACAGACACCAAAAAAUAAUGAAGAAGAUGUUAAUUUCUUGAGGGAAUACGUUAUGGUCGACUCCAAACGUACGGUAGAAGUUAAUAGUUUAGCAGAUGAACUCGCCGCAUCGCCCAAGUCUCUGGGAUUGGUACAGAAACAUUCUAACAAAGGAAAUUCCAUGGGAAUCACGGGCAUAAUUUCACCUUCGAGUCCUCUGGAUCCGCAAUACCGUAAUUCAGUUUCAAAUCAUUCUCCUUAUAAUGUUAUUUAUUCCACUACUCCACCAUUCGCUCUGCCUCCCUCUCAAGAAAGGGUCGGUUCGGCAGGUAGCACUAGUAGUGCAUCCUCUGCGCUUGCCAGAGCUUUAUCUGGUGUCUCGCUUCGUUUAUUCAGAACAGGAAAUUCUCCACCUUUGUGGAGCGAUAGAUACUCGAAGCAAAAAGGGAAUGCCAUUUCUUUUCCGUCUGAUGCUAUGGCUGCUUCUCCUGAAGAUGUGGUGAUCAAAACUAUUGAAGAUUUCGCAUAUAAGGCCCACGUCGUUUACCAAUUCGCCGAAACCAAAUAUCAUCAACUUUUGCCUCCACCACCUACCGCGAGUAGUGAACUUAUUGAUAUGAAAACGGUUUCAGCAGAAAACGCCACUACAUUGGCGCAAGAGGCAUUUGUUUUGUAUUUGAAAUGUUUAUCGUUGCUACAGAGUGCCAUGGAUAGCGCAAGGGAGUAUUGGACAAGUGUUGGAAAACAACAAUCCGAUCAUCCGAAUGGAAAAGAAGUUUCAUCGAGGUUAAAUCAGGCUGUACAAUGGGUGCGUACGAAAUUUAACGAGUGCUUAGAGAAAGCUGAGUACGCAAAAUCCAGGUGUCCAACAGAGGAGGCAGGUGCUAGCAAUUGUUUUGUCGAAAAGCUUCUUUAUGAUAAGGCCUGCGAAAUGAGUCGUCAAGCAGCACUUAAUGAACUUAUGUGUGAAGAUUUGUUCGGUUGCGAGAGUGCAUAUCGUUCAGCCAUUUAUAUGCUGAAUGCCGUUUUAGAGAAUACUCCUGAAGACGGUAACUCCCUGGAUGACCACGAUCGACAAGUUGUGAAUAAAUUCAUUGUCGAGAUAACAAAAAGGCUUAACUCCCUUCAGAAGAAACUGACCCAAUCUGAUGUUCCGGUAAUUUCCAGUCAUCAGGGAAGUCCAGGGUAG